AUGGACAACCUCAGCUCUGUGGCUGGGAACAGCAGCCAGUGCGGCCGGGACUACAAGAUUACCCAGGUGCUCUUCCCACUCCUCUACACGGUCCUGUUUUUUGCUGGACUCAUCACAAACAGCCUGGCAAUGAGGAUUUUCUUUCAAAUCCGCAGCAAAUCCAACUUUAUUAUUUUCCUUAAGAACACAGUCAUUUCCGACCUCCUCAUGAUUCUGACUUUUCCAUUCAAAAUCCUCAGCGAUACUAAACUGGGAACAGGACCUCUGAGGGCCUUUGUGUGCCAAGUGACCUCCGUCGUGUUCUAUUUCACGAUGUACAUCAGUAUCUCAUUCCUAGGACUAAUAACUAUUGAUCGCUACCAGAAGACCACCAGGCCCUUUAAGAUGGCCAACCCCAAUAAUCUCUUGGGGGCUAAGAUUCUCUCGGUUGUCAUCUGGGCGUUCAUGUUCUUAAUCUCCUUGCCUAACAUGAUUCUGACCAACAGGAGGCCGAGUGACAAGACUGUGAAGAAAUGCUCAUUUCUGAAGUCAGAGUUUGGUCUGGUCUGGCACGAAAUAGUCAAUUAUGUCUGUCAAGUCAUUUUCUGGAUUAAUUUUCUAAUUGUCAUCGUAUGCUAUACGCUCAUUACCAAAGAACUGUACAAGUCAUAUGUGAGAACAAGGGGCGCCGGCAAAGUCCCCAAGAAAAAGGUAAACAUCAAGGUUUUCAUUAUCAUUGCUGUAUUUUUUAUAUGUUUUGUUCCAUUCCAUUUUGCCCGAAUUCCCUACACCCUGAGUCAAACCCGGGACGUCUUUGACUGCGCUGCUGAGAAUACUCUGUUCUACGUGAAAGAGAGCACACUCUGGUUAACGUCCUUAAAUGCAUGCCUGGAUCCAUUCAUCUACUUUUUCCUUUGCAAAUCCUUCAAAAAUUCCUUGAUGAGUAUGCUGAGAUGUUCCAAUUCUGCAUCAUCUCCAUCCCAUGACAACAGGAAAAAAGGACAGGACGGCAGUGACCCAAGUGAGGAGACACCAAUGUAA